AUGGGCAGCAAGAAGAAGGAAAUUGCCCUGCAGGUUAACAUCAGCACUCAGGAGCUUUGGGAGGAAAUGCUCAGUUCCAAAGGACUAACUGUUGUCGAUGUCUAUCAAGGCUGGUGUGGGCCCUGCAAACCCAUGGUGAGCCUCUUCCAGAAGAUGAGGAUCGAGGCCGGCCUGGACCUUCUGCAUUUUGCAUUAGCAGAAGCAGAUUGUCUUGAAGUCCUUGAAAAAUACCGUGGGAAGUGUGAGCCGACCUUUCUGUUUUAUGCAGGUGGAGAGCUGGUGGCCGUGGUUAGAGGCGCCAAUGUCCCACUGCUGCAGAAAACCAUCCGAGAGCAGCUGGAGGCUGAAAAGAAAGUUCUAGCCGAAGGCUGUGAGCGCAAAGUGAUUAGAGAUGAGGCUCUGUCUGAUGAAGAUGGAUGUCUCUCCCACGACAAGGACAUUGGUGACGACGAGGACAUGGGUGAGUGCAGAACCACUCAGCAAGCUUCAUCAGGGACGAUCUGCACCUUGGCCAUCAUUAAGCCAGACGCAGUGGUCCAUGGAAAGACUGAUGAGAUUAUUAUGAAGAUCCAUGAAGCCGGUUUUGACAUUUUAGCAAAUGAAGAGAGAACCAUGACAGAAGCAGAAAUGCAGCUUUUCUAUCAGCACAAAGCUGGAGAGGAGGCAUUUGAGAAGCUGGUUCAUCACAUGUGCAGUGGACCGAGCCACCUCCUGAUCCUCACCAGGCCUGAGGGCACUGAGGACGUGAUCACUGCCUGGCGAACACUCAUGGGGCCCUGUGACCCUAAUGUAGCAAGGAGGGAGCAGCCUGACAGUCUCCGUGCUCAGUUCGGCACAGAAAUGCCCUUCAACGCAGUCCACGGAAGCCAGGACAGAGAGGACGCCAGCCGAGAACUGGCAUUGCUCUUCCCCACAUUUAAGUUUUCAGAUGAAGUUCUAGAAGCCUCUCUAUCUAAACACUUUUCCACAAAAGAAACACCAGGUUCCAGAUGGCUUCACUUGUACAUUCUACCAAAAUUUAAGAAAGAAUACCAAUGCUUCACAAAUUCUUAG